AUGCGGGGAGGGCAGCGAACUGGGGGAGCCCCCUCGCCCCUCCUCGCCCCUCCUCGUCCCCUUCCUCUCCCGGCCCACCUGGGCGCCGUCAGCGGCCGCCCAAGCGCCCGGGGACCGUGCUGGGGCGCUCGGCCGUCGUGGCCCGGCACCGGCCGCCUCUCCCGGUCCGCCGGAGGAGGAGGAGGAAGAGAAGGAGGAGGAGCAGUGGACACCUCCCCUGGCACUAGCCGUGCUCCGAACCGGCAGGCCGGGGGACAGCGCUCAAGGCGGCCGUGCGAACCGCACCGAAGCCCCCGCAGAUUUCUUUGCCCGCAAACCCGCGUUCAGCGCAACCUAGCCCCCCGGACCCGCCGGGACCCUACAACCCGUCCUCCCCUUCCCACCGGGGCUCCCCCAGCCGCGCCCCUCCCCACCUCCAGCCCUGCAGCGCUGCGCACCCGUGGAGCCCCCCGCGGCCCCCGGCACGGCUCGGCAUGGCCCGGCACGGCUAGGCACGGCUCAGCACGGCAAGGCACGGCUCGGCACGCACUUACUACGCGGGGCCUCCCGGGUGGAGGGAGGCUCGGGCCCGGCGGCUCCCCAGGCGCGUUUCUAGAAAAAAAUAGCGAUGGGGAUUUUACACUUUUCAUGAUGCAGGCCGACGGGACCACGUUCAAAAGCACGAGAGGAAAAAAAAAAAAAAAAGGCGGCGAAGAUGCUGGAGGUGCUGAGGUUUUACAGCUGAGUUUCAUUUUGCGUUCUCAGUUAGCCCUCAGGAAUGACUGUCCCUUCGUGAACCUGACAAUGAAGACAAAAAUCAUCAGCUGUGUUCCAGCAUCACAGUAGAGUGGAAGAAAAUCCAGACUUCACCAAUUUAAAAUGAUAUUCAACAAAGUGAUGAUGUCUUACAUAUCGACAAGGUUUGUGUAGGAAACACUGCUACAAAUAAUAGGUCCUGGAAUGAUUUUUAUUUUUUUUUCAUUUUAUAGACUUCAGUGAAAACAACAUUUGUCCUUGCCAACAAGUAUUUGGCAAAGUGUUUCUUUUAGCACAUUCCUGCCAAAUAUCUCCUUGGGAGGUUUUGGUGAUGUUUUUCUCGACUGCAGGAUUAUUAUUAUUAUUAUUAUUAUUAAUUUUGUUUAGUUGUUGUUGUUGUUGGCUUUUAUUAUUAUUAUUGUUAUCAUUAUUAUUAUUUAAUUUGUUUUUACUAUACCAUUGUAUUUAGAUUUUUAGCAUGGUGAGGCACAAUUAAACAUGAAAAAACUAUGUUUUGUUUGCCAAUUAAAUUCAAUCUCUAGGUAAUUUCCACUGAAUUCACAGUCCUGUGAACUCUUACUCUCUUCGCCUGUUUGAUUUUUUUACUUCCUCUUGCUUUGCGACAAAUUAGUGGGAAAACUUGUGCUUAAUAUGGCACAGGAUCUUUAGUAUGCUGCUGAACAGUGAGUCAAAUCUAUUAGCCUUCUUGAUAGAUGGAGAAGUGUUUGAGGAGGUGACGUGUUUUCCCCAGUUUUUAAGUCACCAAAUAACACCAUUGUAGAGCUGUGUAAAAAAAA